AUGAAUAAUGUGCAAGAAAACAUUCUCCACCGUAACUAGCUCUAGUCAGGAGUAGAGUAUCUUACAAGUUUUCUCCUCCCCUGGCAAGAUCAUUGGUCCAUUCUUAGUUGUCUGACAGUUGUGCUUCCAUCUCUGCCUGUCUUUAUUCCUUAGUUCCCAGACGUGCGCAGUGGAGUAGUCCUCGUAUUUGUUAGUCAGCCAUUGCACAGCUGCUUUCGUUCGAUGUGUCAGUGUUGCCGAGAAGAGGCGAGCCAAGUAUGCACGAACCAAGUAUGCACGAUUUACCUACUCACCCGAGAGAGCAGGCACCUCGCUUGAGAAAAAAGCUCCUCCGCGCGAACCGAGUGAAAGUCGCCUUAGAAAGCAUAGGGAGCCUCGACAGCACGUACGGCAACAAUUGCAACAACCACGGCUCGAGCUCCAGAGAUGUAUUUCCUAGCGCGUACGAAACCAGGGUAAGAGGCAACGACGACAGCCUGUCGGCCCUACCGGAUACUUACAACCGUCGCUUCGCCGCACCCUUCGCUGCACCCUUCGCUGCACCCUUCGCUGCACCCUCCGCUGCACACGACGACACCCACGGCAAUCCCCUCGUUCUGACGAAUAGCUACGACGACCCUGUCACCAUCGGGUCUUCUGUGCCACCCGUCGAUGCUCCUCCUCCCCUUCGUCCUCCCCCCCUUCCUCCUGCUUUCCCCCCUCCUCCUGCGUUUCCCCACCCUCCUGCUUUUUCCCCACCUCCUCCUCCUGAGAUCCCAGGCGGUGACGCUUUCGGCCACGACUCUGGUCUGCCAGGAAUGAUCGGACGACCGGAGGUGCGGGUGCAGGGCCCUGCGCAGCACGAAGAAGUGGCGAGGCACGACGCCGCGGGGAGGCACGACGCAGCGGCGAGGCACGACGCAGCGGUGCAGCCAAGCACGGGAAGAAACGGCAGCGCUUUGCCCCCCCACGCGUUCUCCCGCUCUGAGUCCCGCGACUUGGCGCAUCCCUGUGCGUCACACUCCACUCUCGUGUUGACCUGCUCCGAAGCCACGUGCCGCAGCAUCAGCUCCCACUCAGAAGAUAGUAGCCUGGAUUCGGUCGACUUACCAGUACCGGGCAACGGCUACCCGGCGCACGCGGGACCGAUCCGCUCACAAGCUGCGGGCGAAGAGGCGCAGGCGAAGGAGAGGGUACUACAGAAUCACGUCGGGAGGCAGCGGAUGGGGCAGUUGCUGCGUAACGUGGUUACCAGCCGGGUUGCGCCUUGGAAGGACAGGCAUCCCGCUGCUGCGUUACAGUCACCCCCUGUUACAGUCUCACAUGCACCGCCUAUCCCCCCCUCCCCCUGCUCUUCUGAACCAGUCCCAUCCUCACCCUCCGGUUCCACACCCCCCGCCACGCCUCCCCGGUUAUCCUGUUCCUCAGCCUCCUCCGCCCAUCGCGCGUCCUUCCCCUACCGUUCCCCCUUCGCCGCUUCCACCCCUUCUCCGCCCUUCAGCGCGUGCCCCUCUCCCGCCGUCCUCAUACCGUCACUAGCCGACCUGCAAGCCUCUAGAACCUCAUCAGCGCAUCUUUCCGCUCGCGUUCCGUCCUCCGCCUCUCCUCCUGUAGAAGACUCCCACGGCUCCCAUGUAACAGUGCCUGCUGAGCCUGCUUCGUCCGCUUCCCUGCCUCCGCCUGGGUUUCAGCGCGCUUUGCUAGAUUGCUGUGCGUGUAGGGGAGCGGAAGAGUCGACUGCUGCAGUGCUAGAGAGGCAGGUGGCUGGUGCGCGGCAGAUCAGGCACAUGGCACGGGAUUUAGAGGGGUGCAGAGCAGUGAUGGUGGAAAAAGGAGCUGUGGGAACGCUGCUGCCUCUGCUAGAUUGGGCUGAAGGCGGGCCAGGAGUACAACCAUGGCUGGACAGAAGUGUGGGCGAUGGGGUAACAGGGGAGAACGGUAGAUUGAGGGAUUUGAGGAUGAAGGUAGUGGAAGAAGCAGUAACAGCGCUGUUGAAUCUGUCCAUUCACCCGUCAUCGAUUGAAAUCAUGCCAAAGCUUGGAGUUGUCCGCCCGGUGGUACAGAUGGUUGGGAGCCGGCAGUGGGAUGCUUCACAAAGCAGCAGCAGGAGCAGCAGUGGAAGUCUGAGUAAUAGUUCGGUUAGCUCGAGCGGGAGUGGCAAUCUCGUGGCGAUCAAUAUUAGAGAAAUUGCAGCAGCUCUGGUCUUCAGCCUUUCGCAAGCGGUUGAUAACAGAGCCGAGCUAGUGAGAAGCGGGGCAGCGGAAUCGCUGGUUCAGCUGCUACAGGAGCCAAGGUGCAGCGGUCAGGGGAGGAAGGAUGCUUGCAAAGCACUGUUCAAUUUCUCGACCUGCUCGGUGGGAAGGCUCAGUUUGGUUCGAGCUGGAGCGGUACCUGUGAUGCUGGAGCUGGCCAUGAUGGGCAGUGCUGACGAGUACAUAUCUGAGAAAGCCAUGGGGGUGCUUGCCAAUGUGGCCAGAGAGGAGGCUGGAAGGGAGGCCAUCUUUUCUGCACAGGUCAGCGAUGGGGCCUGGGAUCUGCCAGGUGGCAAUGCAGGUUAUGGAAAUAAUGAGCUUCCUCAAGCGUCUGACAGUUUGAGCAUGACUUCUGGGUUGAAUGUUUUUCUGGAAACACUGGAUGGUGGAACAGAGCGAAGCAAGGAGUUUGCAGUUUCAGCUCUGCUCUCUAUUGCAAAGAGCAGCAUCAGAUGGAAGGAGCUGUUACUGAUGGAGGGCCCUCUUCCGUCCAUCAAGGCUGUGGCUAUGAGAGGCAACACACGAGCAAGACAUAAGGCACAAACGCUGUACGAGCUUCUCAGGAGCUAAUGGGUGUCAUUGUACGCAGAUGGAUGUGCAUCAUGAUGAAAGGAUAUGGUACACAUAUAAUACCUACAUGGGGUAUUGCACUACCCGCAAAAGGGGCUUGGAUUUGGAACCAAUAUAAGUGUUCAGUGUUGUAUAGGUGUUAUUGGCAGAAAUGACAG